AUGCCUUUUUUCAUCGAGGCCAUUAAAAAUGAUCUUCUUCCCGACAACCUCAACGAGAGAUUGAACCAUGCCAGCGAACUUUGGCCUGGAGAUCCUCGAUCAGCCAUUGAUUGGUUCCUCGAGGGAGGAAAUGUACCAACGGAAACCAUUACCGCCAUGACUUUCGUAAGAUCGCUUUUAUUUUACUUGGACGACGAGGAGUACGUUUGUGGUCAACUCCUAACACUCUUGAGCUCCUACACCCUUGAAGGCCUGGCAUUAUUGCUUUUUCCUCGCAGUCUGCUGGAUCAAAAAGUGACAGCAACGCCAGCCAGCUUCCCGUAUAAUUGGACAACCACCAAUUUGACAAUUGACAAACUAGAAGAAGUGCGCGCUGAAUUCCUCGACAAUCACUCACUUAUCGUGUUGCUCAUUCUGCUGAGAGAGAACAAGUUCUCCAUCAACGGGCGCCCUCAACAAAUUGCCGAUUGCAUUCUGACCGCAAUGAUCGGUGAUGAUCUUGAAAUCGGAUCACCAGAGCUUCUAGUCUAUGUGAAGAAAUACUUUCCAGACUUGCAAGAUGCAGAGUUCUCAGCCGUGAUUGGAAUCAUCAAGACUUUGAAAAUUCUUUCUAGUAUCGUUGAAGAUCCUGAAGACGUCGUGAACCUCUAUAACUCCAACUACCAUUCUGUACGAAGCAUCACAGCCCAGUCAAAAAGUAACUUUAAAAAUGCUUUGGUCACAGCUGGUACCAGCGUCGAGAAUACACUCAAGAUAUACGACCACGCAGAACGUGUCGAUUGCUGGAAUGAGCAACUCUGA